GGAGGGAGGAGGUCAAGGAAGCAGCGGCACGCCCGCACCGAGCACCGGUGGCGACGGCCUGCAGCAACACGAGCAGCAGUUCGCAGGGGCGGGGGGCACCUACGAUCCCAGCAAUCCCUACCUCUACACAGACGAAGCAGGCUACAAGUGGCAAUGGGACCUCACCACCCAAGCCUGGCUCCUCAAGCGGGGCAGGAACAACAGCCGGCGCUCGAGCAGCAGGUCUGGUUGGGCGACGACGACAUCCCGCCGAUCCCCGCCGACAUGCCCACCUCCUCGACCACCGCCACCGCCCCUGCCGCCGGCGCCGGGCGCGGCAAGAAGCGAAAGGGCAAGGGCGGCCAACCGCCCAAGCCCGGCAAGACGACGACGGUCUACGUGAGCGGGCUGCCGCUGGACAUGACCAAGGAGGAGCUGCUCCCGUUCAUGGCCAAGUGCGGCAUCGUGCGGAAGGACCCCGACUCGGGCGAGUACAAGGUCAAGCUCUACGAGGACGAGCAGGGCCGGCUCAAGGGCGACGCCCUCGUGGUCUACUUCAAGCGCGAGUCGGUCGACCUCGCCCUGCAGCUCCUCGACGAAAGCGAGAUCAGGCCCGGCUGCGUCGUUCGUGUCACCGAGGCCAAGUUCGAGAACAAGCCCGACAGUGAGCAGGCCAAGCCCAAGGCCAAGAAGCCGGUGGGUAAGAAGAAGCAGAAGAAGAAGGUGCGCAUCAACCAGGAGGAGGAGCUCUCGUGGGUCGAGUGGGAGACGCGAAGGCACGUCAUCAUCAAGAACAUGUUCUCGCCCGAGGAGGCCAUCGGCGACGAUGAGUUCUAUCCGGAUCUCAAGAACGACGUGCGAGAAGAGGUCGAGAAGUUUGGCGAGGUCGAAGUGCUUACCGUCUUCGAGCGCAACCCGGAGGGAGUUGUGGCCAUCAAGUUCGUUGAACCGGAGGCGGCCGUCAAGUGUCUGGAGGUGAUGAACGGGCGGUUCUUUGCGAAGCGGCAGCUGGUGGCCGAGUGGUACGACGGGGUGACCAACUACAAGGUCAAGGAGACCGAAGCCGACCAGAAGCACCGCCUCGACGCCUUUGGCGAUUGGCUCGAGAACCAGUCCUCCUCUGAAGACGAAGACGACGAAGACGCCUGA